GCUGGAGCGAGCGCGCCCAGAGUGGAGUCAGCGGCUAGAGUCAGCGGGGGAGCCCUGGGUUCCCGACCAUGAAACCCUCAGGCACCCCUGUCCAGAAGCUGUUGUCCAAGACAAUCUAGUUUUCCUUUAUGAAUCUCUUAAGACACUUAUGAAGUUUCUUGUUCUGAAAUUGCUGUACUGCAAUGAAGAAAAGGAGAAAGGUUACUUCAAAUCUUGACGAGAAGAUCCAUCUUGGCUAUAAAGAUUCUUCGGAAGGAAAUGUUGCAGUGGAAUGUGACCAAGUGACCUGUACUCACUCUACAGAGAGACCUACAACUGAAGCUCUGCACUGUUAUCAGGAACUUCCUCCCUCUCCAGAUCAGAGAAAGCUUUUGAGUUCUUUGCAGUAUAAUAAGAAUUUGCUCAAGUAUUUAAAUGAUGAUAGACAGAAACAACCAUCUUUCUGUGAUUUACUUAUCAUAGUAGAAGGAAAAGAAUUUAGUGCACAUAAAGUAGUUGUUGCUGUUGGCAGUAGUUAUUUUCAUGCCUGUUUGAGCAAAAAUCCAAGCACUGAUGUUGUCACUCUGGAUCACGUAACACAUUCAGUUUUUCAGCAUUUGCUUGAAUUUCUUUACACAUCAGAAUUUUUUGUGUACAAAUAUGAAAUACCUCUUGUUUUAGAGGCUGCAAAAUUUUUGGACAUUAUAGAUGCAGUAAAGCUGCUAAAUAAUGAAAAUGUUGCCGCUUUUCAAUCAGAGCUAACUGAAAAGUCAUCACCAGAAGAAACACUAAAUGAAUUAACUGGAAGAUUAUCAAAUAAUCAUCAGUGCAAAUUCUGCAGUAGACAUUUUUGUUACAAAAAGUCUUUAGAAAAUCAUUUGGCUAAAACUCAUAGGUCCCUUUUGUUAGGGAAAAAACAUGGGUUAAAAAUGCUGGAGAGAAGUUUUUCUGCAAGAAGAUCAAAAAGGAAUCGGAAGUGCCCUGUUAAGUUUGAUGAUACCAGUGAUGAUGAACAAGAAAGUGGUGAUGGGUCAGACAAUUUGAAUCAAGAAAGUUUUGAUAAGGAAAAGUCAGAUAAAAAUGAUUCUGAGGAUCCUGGAAGUGAAUAUAAUGCUGAAGAAGAUGAACUAGAGGAGGAAAUGUCAGAUGAAUACUCUGACAUUGAAGAACAAAGUGAAAAAGAUAAUGAAGCAGAAGAGGAACCCGAGGCUGGUGAUUCUGUAGGAAGCAUUCACGAGGGGUUAACUCCAGUAGUCAUUCAGAACAGUAACAAAAAAAUAUUGCAGUGUCCUAAAUGUGAUAAAACAUUUGACCGAAUAGGGAAAUACGAAAGCCACACCCGUGUACACACAGGUGAGAAGCCCUUUGAGUGUGAUAUUUGUCACCAGCGUUAUUCGACAAAGUCUAACCUAACUGUUCACAGAAAGAAGCACAGUAAUGAAACAGAAUUUCAUAAGAAGGAGCACAAGUGCCCUUAUUGUAAUAAACUUCAUGCAAGCAAGAAGACUUUAGCAAAGCAUGUUAAGAGAUUUCAUCCUGAAAAUGCACAAGAAUUUAUUUCCAUCAAGAAGACUAAGAGUGAAAGUUGGAAAUGUGAUAUUUGUAAGAAAUCUUUUACAAGAAGGCCACAUUUGGAAGAACAUAUGAUUUUACAUUCUCAAGAUAAACCUUUUAAGUGUACCUAUUGUGAAGAACAUUUUAAAUCAAGGUUUGCACGGUUGAAGCAUCAGGAAAAGUUCCAUCUGGGUCCUUUUCCAUGUGAUAUAUGUGGACGUCAGUUCAAUGACACUGGAAAUUUGAAACGCCACAUAGAAUGUACUCAUGGUGGAAAAAGAAAAUGGACUUGCUUUAUUUGUGGAAAAUCAGUACGAGAAAGAACUACUUUGAAAGAACAUUUGAGAAUCCAUAGUGGAGAAAAGCCUCAUCUUUGUAGUAUUUGUGGACAAAGUUUUCGUCAUGGAAGCUCAUAUAGGCUUCACUUACGAGUACACCAUGAUGACAAAAGAUAUGAAUGUGAUGAAUGUGGAAAAACAUUUAUUCGUCAUGACCACCUUACAAAGCACAAAAAAAUACAUUCAGGUGAAAAGGCUCAUCAGUGUGAAGAAUGUGGAAAAUGUUUUGGUCGUAGGGAUCAUCUCACUGUUCAUUACAAAAGUGUGCACCUUGGUGAGAAAGUGUGGCAAAAAUAUAAAGCAACCUUUCAUCAAUGUGACGUUUGUAAGAAAAUUUUUAAAGGAAAAUCAAGUCUGGAAAUGCAUUUUCGGACACAUUCAGGUGAAAAACCAUACAAGUGUCAAAUUUGCAAUCAAUCUUUUAGAAUUAAAAAAACCUUAACAAAACACCUGGUUAUUCAUUCUGAUGCCCGACCUUUCAACUGUCAGCAUUGUAAUGCAACAUUUAAGCGGAAAGACAAAUUGAAAUACCAUAUUGACCACGUUCAUGGGAUAAAAUCUCCUGAUGAUCCUCUCAGUACUUCUGAGGAAAAACUUGUGUCCUUGCCGGUAGAGUACUCAUCUGAUGAUAAAAUCUUUCAAACAGAAACAAAACAAUAUAUGGACCAGCCCAAAGUUUAUCAACCAGAAGCCAAGACUAUGUUACAGAAUGUAUCUGCUGAAGUGUGUGUUCCAGUAACAUUGGUUCCAGUUCAGAUGCCUGAUACUCCGAGUGACCUGGUGCAUCAUACUACCACACUCCCACCAUCUUCUCAUGAGAUUCUGUCACCACAGCCACAGUCAACUGAUUAUCCACGUGCRGCUGAUUUAGCUUUCCUGGAAAAAUAUACUCUUACUCCUCAACCUGCAAAUAUAGUUCAUCCAGUCCGACCUGAACAAAUGCUAGAUCCUAGAGAACAGUCUUACCUUGGAACAUUACUAGGCCUUGAUAACACUACUGCUGUUCAGAAUAUUUCUACUAAUGAGCAUCAUUCAUGAGAUACUUUCAAGAAAAAUUACAAAGAAAAAUCUGAAAUAUCAAAAUUCAUGAUUGUCAACUGUAUAAAAUGUGAG